CGGGGCGGGCGGGCCCGUGGUGGCUGAUGGGAUCGCGGGCGGGUGUAUGUUCCGGGUGGUUGGGCUGUUCGCUGCGCUGAGUUUGUCUGUGAUGAAGGGCCGUAUGUACUACGCGGUGAGGAGCGGCAGGAAACCCGGUGUCUACAGCAGCUGGAAUGAAUGUAAAGAGCAAGUAGAUAAAUUUCCCUGUGCCAGAUUUAAGAAGUUUGCAACUGAAGAAGAUGCGUGGGCUUUUGUAGAUGCUACAGCUUCAAAUUCUUCAAAAUCUACAGAAUGUGGUGACCAAAGCACACUUGUUGAUAAGGACUCUGAAUCACCGAGCUACAGUGGAGAAAAGCGUUUAAACAGUUCAUCUGAUAUUGAUGGGGAACCAAGCAUGAAACGUUUCAAAAGUACAGACGAGAACAGUACCUCGGAACUGAAAUUUACUUACAUGGGUGAUGCUGUUGUAGUUUAUACAGAUGGCUGCUGUACAUGUAAUGGGCGAAAGCGUUCUCGAGCUGGAAUCGGUGUAUACUGGGGAUAUGCUCAUCCCCUAAAUCUAAGUGAAAGACUUUCAGGAAGACAGACCAACCAGAGAGCAGAAAUUGUGGCAGCUUGUCGGGCAAUCGAGCAAGCAAAGGAGCAAAAUAUUGAAAAAUUGGUUAUUUUCACAGACAGCAUGUUCACAAUUAAUGGGAUCACAAAGUGGAUCAAAUCUUGGAAGAAUAAAGAUUGGAAGCUGAGUACAGGGGGACCAGUGAUCAACAGAGAAGACUUUGAAAGACUUGACAAACUGACCAGUGAUAUAAAUAUUGAUUGGAUGCAUGUACCAGGUCAUGCUGGCUUCACAGGAAAUGAAGCUGCAGACGUUUUAGCGAAGGAGGGUGCCAGAAAACCAGACUGCUAAACACAGGCAAAAGGGAUGUUCUGCAAGAAUGGAAGCCGAAAAUAUGUACAUAUCGACUUAUUAUUGCUUUGCUAAAACUGCUUCCAUUUUACUGGAUAAGGCUUCAUAUGCCAAGGAGUGAAUGCUUUAAUUUUGUGAAAAUAUCAAGUUCCUCUAUUCUACGCCACAAAAUCUCCACUUGUUGCUCUUCAAUAAUGUCACUCGCGCCUGGUUACUAUAAUCCACAACGGAAAUGGUUCUUUUUCUCAUCAAAUUCCCCACUACUGAGUGAGAUGCUGUACCCGGCAAGAUAGCAUGGAUAUCUGAAUUGGUCAAUUUGACAGAUAUUGAACCUGUAUUUUUGCUCCCAUUUUGUUGUAAAGCCUGCAUUAAAGAUGUGUCCCCUUUUUUAUACAGGCAUUAAAUUGUAUGUAUGUGAACUUUAUUUGUCAUUUUUUUUGUUAAUCAAUCUGCAGUCGGGAUGUUUUAAUCAGCUUAUCCCUUCAAUUAGGCCUGUUUUUAGGCCUUCUAAGGCUUCAAACUAAUAAAAAUUCAGAGCA